GAAAGGAAGGCGUUCUGGCGUUCGCGUAGACGGUAGUUCGCGCCGUUCGCGUUUGUGUUCAACCUGUUCAACCUCCUUGGUGUUCACUCUCUUUUCCUGGCAUGGUGGCGAAAUGACGUGAAACAUGUGAUAGUUGUCGCGAUAUUGGCGAUACCUUCAAACGAUGAAGAAAAACAGAAGUGAGAUGGUAGCUGCUGCAGUUGGUCGCUACCUGAAAGGUCGUCAAUACAUGGACUGUGACUCCUUCAAGAAAACCGACCUGAAGCUUCAGCAGAGCGUCAGCGACCUAGUCCUGAGCGGCGUCGUGGCCGCCGAGACGGGCACCAAGAACCUCUUCAGCUUCAGCGCAAUCAGCAAAGACGCCUCUUCCAUCGAUCAACAGUUCACAAAGUUCAAGAACUUUGUCUCCGAAGCUUCCGAGCCGUUCAAGUCGGAGCUCAGCUUUGUCCUGUUCCCCAUCUUCGUUCACCUCUACCUGGAGCUUGUCAGCAAUGGGCAGAAGUCUUUAGCCCAGAAGUUCCACGGACGGCAUCGAGGGAUGUUCCAGUCGUCCGACCAGUUCCGCGUCGUCGUGGACAUGCUUCCCAACAUCUCGUCUGCAUCGGACGUUCCGUCGCAUCCCCAAAUCAAAGAGUUCAAAGAAAACAAAUACUCUGUGAAGCUAUCGAGCGACACCCUGGAGUAUGUGCUCAGUUUCCUGAAGGACAAUGACAACCUCAUACUGCUCCAAAUCUUCAACUUGCACGUCGACAUCGAUGUGCACGUUCAUCACGAAAAGGUUAACGGAGACGGCUCCCAGGGGGCGCCCCUGCUCCAAGCGCCGUCCGCUAAAAGCGACGCGAAGCAGACGACGCACCCCGCCGAGCAGGGUCACAACAAGGAGGCGCUGGCGUCUCUGCGCCAGAUCAUGAAGAAGGUUCGCGAGGGUCCGCCGUGCAUCCCUUCCAUCUGCCUCUACACGCUCGCCCAUGGAACCUCGGGGUUGUGCUCGGCGGCGGAGGCGGAGGACGACAGUCUGUUGGCGUGUGGAUUUGAAGAUUCAUCUGUGAGGCUCUGGAGUUUGCUGCCGCGGCCACUGGCUUCGCAGCCGGCCGAAAUCGACGUGCGUCGGAUACGGCUCUACUGUGACGCCGACACUGACGCCGACACUGACGCCGACAAAGACGACGAUGCUGCUCGAACGAGUGACACGAAGGUCCUGAGAGGUCACAGGGGACCCGUGUAUGGACUCAACUUCCUUCCUGGGAAGGAGAUCCUCCUCUCCUGCUCGGAAGACACGACAGUUCGUGCCUGGGACCUGAAGACGCACAGGAAUGUGGCCAUCUACCGGGGACACUCGUAUCCUGUGUGGGCCCUGGACGUCGGGCCGCUUGGAAUCUACUUUGCGACAGCCUCCAAAGACAACACUGCCAGGAUCUGGACCCCGGAGCGAACGUUUCCGCUGCGGAUACUGGCCGGGCACAACAUGGAUGUUGACUGCGUCAAGUUCCAUCCCAACUGCAACUACCUGGCGACAGGCUCUAGCGACCGGUGCCUACGCCUCUGGUCGGUCCAGGAGGGGCGGGUGGUGCGGACGCUGCCCUCGCACCGAGGAACCAUCUUUGCUCUCGCCUUCUCGCCGGACGGACAGCUCCUGGCCUCCGCCGGCGAAGACCGCAGGAUCAAAGUGUGGGACCUGGGCAGCUCGUCGCUGCUCAAGGAGCUGCGUGGGCAUACGGACGCGGUGUACGACCUCUCCUUCAACCGCGACGGGUCGCUGCUGGCCUCCGGCGGCGCCGAGCCGCUCGUGCGGCUCUGGGACCUUAGACGCUCCACGGCACCUUCCACGAGCGACACUGACAGUCACACGUCUCCAGAGCACCUGGCAAGUUUCCCGACAGCGACGAGCGCUCUCCACAUGGUGCGGUACGCGUCGCACAACCUGCUCACCCUGGUUGGCUCUGCGCCAGCUGCAAGCUCUGCCCCCCGGUCAUCGUCCUCCUCCUCUUCCUGAGGAUCCUCUCAGUUUCAGCAAAGUCAUUCGAGCGAGCCCCUUCGUUUCAUUAUCGCCGUUGCAUUUGUCGGUCAAAGUGCUCAUAAAGCUGAUUUUUGUGCA